AUACAUAAUACAUUCCCAUCAGUCAUUUCAUUUAAUUUGAUUAACACACACAACACAACAUGCACAUACAGUAGUUAGUAGUUACAAAACAAAAUAGGAGACACAUAUCUUAAAAUCCGAAAGACACAAGAGUAAGUUCCUAUUUAUUACAUUAAGAUAUCAUCAUCUUAUCUCAUUCAUCUUCACCAAACAUGAUGGCAUCAUCCGAUUCAUCCCCACAAAAAACACCUCCAAAAAACAAAACCAAGACUCAUCAUCAUCAUCCAAGAAGGUUCAGCGAAGAUCAAAUAAAAUCCCUAGAGUCCAUUUUCGAGCAGGAAAGCAAGCUCGAGCCCAAAAAGAAGCUCGAGAUUGCAAGAGAUCUGUCCCUCCACCCUCGCCAGGUAGCCAUCUGGUUCCAGAAUAAACGAGCUCGUUGGAAAUCCAAGCGAAUCGAGCAAGAAUUCAUCCACCUCAAAUCCACCUACGACGCCCUCUCUACCAGCUUUGAUGCCUUGAAGAGGGAGAAACACUCUCUCCAAAUGCAGCUGCAGGAGCUGAAUGAUCGGUUGAAGAAUCGCGGUGAUCGUAUUAAUGAUGAUGAUGAAGAUGAGAGGAUUAUUACAAGCUGUUUCGAUGGUCAAGAAUUUCUAACGUGUGGAGAGAAAGUGAUGAGCCAAACAUGGCGCAAUCUCUCCGACUCCGGCGUCCUAUUCCACGACUCCUCGGAGAAUCCCAACUGGUGGGAGACUUAGAUGAUAUAUAUCACUUUAUGGAAUUUGGGAGUGAUGUGUUUGGAUGAUUAGAGGUAGAUUAAUAUUUUUCAAGCUUUUAUAUAUGUUGAAGGUCUCCAUGCAAGAAAGUAUGUAGUGCAGAGUGUUUGAAGCUUGAACUCAAGCAGAAUUAAGAACAAUGAUAUUGUGAUUCUUAUUGAGAUUGAUUUCAUUUCAUUUAGCAUUAUGUAUAUUUGACUCAUCAGCUUCACAAGUUUGUAAGAUAUAUAAUUGGUAUAUGAUCGAAUUUUCAGAUUUU